UUUGAUGAAUUUAAGAAUCAAUUGGAUUCGAAUCACCUUUCCAUUACUCAUCAUGCGGUAAAUCGUGUUUUGCGCAAGCUUGAUUCCGAUCCCGAUUCGGCAAGGAUAUUCUUUCAAUGGGUAUUGGAAAACUAUCCUGAAAAGUUGAGCUCUGAAUCCUAUAAUCAAGUUUUGAGCUAUCUGGGGUUAAGCGGAGCUGUUCAAGAGUUUUGGGAUUUGGUUGCUGUUAUGAAUAAAAAGGGUUUUGGUGUUUCCAAAUGGGUCAUAGAUACAACUUUGGACUAUUUUCAAAAGAAUGGAAUGGAUGUUGAUGCUUUCAAGUUGAAGGAAUUGUUUGAUAAUGACACUGUUGAGAGGUUGUGUAGGAUUAUCAGGAACAAUGUGUGGAGUCAUCAUGUUGAGAAACAAAUUACGGAUUUGAAUCUUGUUUUUUCUAAUCAAUUGGUUAAGUUGGUUUUGUUCAAUUUAGGUUCCGAGCCGAAUAAGGCACUCAUAUUUUUCAGGUGGAUUGAGGAGACUGGACUUUUUAAGCAUGAUGUAUGCACUUCUAAUGCGAUGACCAGGGUUCUAGAAAGGAAGAAUUCGAUUGAUCAGUAUUGGGAGCUUUUUUUAAAAGAUGAUGGUGCCAUGCUGGAACAUGAUAUGGAAGAGGAGACUUUCGUUAAUGUUUGGCAGAAUGGCGAAAACGCCAAGAUCGGGGUGAUGAAAAAGAAGGAAAAUGAGAAUACGUCUCCUGAGAGAAUUCCGAUUAUGGAAUCAGACAUGACGAUUUCCAAAUUAAAGCAACUUAUAGAGGAAAAAGAACAAUGCAUUUUGCAGCAUAAAGAACAGGUAAAAAAGUUUAAACGUCGGAUCUUACAUGAUCAUUGUACGAAGCAGGGUCAGAGUACACUGUUCAAGCGUCUAAGAAAGAGCUUUAAAGCAGCAAUUGAAGAAUUGGAGACUGAAUUUCAAGACAAGUGUCAGAAACAGGAAAAACAUUUUGCAGAAACUGAGAAAAGAUGUCACAAAAUACUUGCAUAUUGCAGUGAAGAAUCAACAAGUCAGCAGUUAAUGAUGCACAUUCAGCAGUGUCAAAAUGAACAGUUAAUCCGUCUGAGGCAUACAUCAGCUGAUGUGUGGGAUGAUUUUUGUUGGGUGAUUCAAAUAAGUAUGGAUGUUGGGCAGACUUUUGCUAAGGUUUUGCAGAACGACGAAAAUGCCAAGAUCGAGGUGGAGAAGCUGGAGGAAAAUGAGACUACGUCCGUUGAGAGAAUUCAGAUUAUGGAAUCAGACAUGACAAUUUCCGAAUUAAAGCAACUUUUAGAGGAAAAAGAACAAUGCAUUUUGCAGCAUAAAGAACAGGAAGAGAAGUUUAAAUGUCGGAUCUUACAUGAUCAUUAUAUGAAGCAGGGUCAGAGUACACUUUUAAAGCGUCUAAGAAAGAAAAUUUAUAGAAUGUCCAAUGACUUUGAAGCAGUAAUUGAAAUAAGGAGGAGUGAUUUCAAAGACAUGUUUGAGAAGCAGGAAAAAUAUUUUGCAGAAACUGAGGAAAGGUGUCGCAAAAUACUUGCAGAUUGCAGUGAAGAAUCAACAAGGCAGCAGUUGAUGAUGCACAUUCAGCAGUGUCACAGUGAACAGUUAAACCAUCUUAGAGAUACAACAAUUGCUGUGUGGAAUGAUUUUGAUGAGGUGAUUAAGGAAUGUAAGCUUUUUUUAUAUUACGAUCAUGUUGUGAUGCUGGAAGAGCUGAGAGAAGACUACUAUGAAAGCAGCUCUGAGGAAUAGUAAACUGGGUGAUUCAAUGAGAUCAUGCUUUUUCUGGAUGCAUAAUUACUUAAGGGUAUGUUUGGUUCAAUUUUUAAGGGAGGGGAGUGAAGCUUUAUAAUUUUUUAUUUAAUGGUCUAUCCUUAAUUUAUUUUAAUAUUCCAACAUUAUUCCUAUCAUAAUUUUUAUUGUUAAAUUAUCAUUGUUCUUGUAGUGACUUUUGUUCUAG